UUCUUUAAACUCCCCGCCCGCACUCUGCCUCGAGGCUUCCGUACCACAGAUAUCCUUCUGAUCUCCUCCCGCGCUCACUUCCUGCAAAAAAAACGAGAAAAUGCACAGAAACCCCAACCCUUAUUGUUCCCACUACUAUCACUUCUCCCUCUCAUUCCUUCAACCUUCCAUCCCAUGGCCACGGCCUUCCCCCUCCUCCCACUCACCUUCCUCCCCUCCAAAAUUUCCGCCUCCACCUCUACACCCCAGCGCGCCUCGCUUCCUUCCAUUGAUCACAAGCUCGUCAUCUCCGGCGGUCGACCCAUUUCUGGCCAUGUCCCAAUCAGUGGCUCUAAGAACUCUGCCCUCGCCGUUCUCGCCGGAACCCUCUGCUGCUCCUCUGGCCCAGUGGCGCUGCGCGGAGUACCCGACCUCCUCGACACGCGUACGAUGGCCGAUGUGCUGCGGUCGAUCGGAGCGCGAGUCGAAGCGGAAGAUCGGGAUGUGUUGGUGGUGGACACGAGCGAUGUGGGUGUGACCGAGCCUUGUUCGGAAAAGAUAGGGAGGAUUAGAGCGGGGUUUUUUGUUUUAGGACCGCUGGUGGCGAGGUUCGGGAAAGCGGAGGUGGCGAUGCCUGGAGGAUGCAGGAUUGGGUUGAGACCUGUGGAUUUGUAUAUUAAGGGACUUGAAGCUCUUGGUGCGGUUGCCGAGUUGAGGGAGGAAAAGGUUUGUGUGUAUGGUGCAAAUGGCAAAGGCCUUGUUGGAGGAUCAUUUCAUCUGGCUUACCCAAGUGUGGGAGCAACUGAAACCUUUGUGAUGGCAGCAUCCAUGGCUGAUGGUGUUUCUGUGCUUACAAAUGCAGCUAUGGAGCCAGAGGUUGUAGACCUUACUAAAUUUCUGAUUGCCUGCGGGGCAUGCAUUGAAGGGGCUGGUACUAGCACACUUGUUAUAACAGGCAGGAAAAAGCUAUAUGGAGCUGAGUUCACCAUUUUGCCAGAUCGUAUAGAGGCCGGAACAUUUAUGGCUGCUGCUGCCAUCACGCGCUCAUGCAUUUCUCUAUCACCUGUGAUCCCUCCACAUGUAGCGCAGAUGACAGAGAAGCUUACAGAAGCAGGGUGCAAGAUCACGCAGAUUGGUCCUAGCGCUCUUGAAGUUUCAGCAGUACCUGAAGUAACAGGUGGAGACCUUCAAGCAUUCAAUAUUAAGACAUUACCAUAUCCUGGAUUCCCUACUGACCUCCAAGCUCAAUGCAUGGCCUUACUCACCACUUGUGUUGGUUCAAGCAUCAUUGAAGAAUCUGUAUUUGAGAAUAGAAUGCAUCACGUUGAAGAGCUGAAGAAACUCGGUGCAGAUAUAAAAGUUGUCAGUAAUACUGCUUUUAUUGGUGGAACGAAGCCUGGAAGAAUUGCACUUACAGGUGGUCGGGUUCGAGCAGCUGAUUUGAGAGGUGGAGCUGCACUGGUCUUGGCAGGAAUGGCAGCUUCUGGAAUUACUGAAGUUGAAAAUAUUGCUCAAAUUGAUCGAGGUUAUGAAAGAUUUGAGGAGAAGCUUUUGUUACUGGGCGCAGACGUCAAGAGAGAGACUGAAGCAGCAGUAAGCAAUCUUCAUCCUGUUUUACUCGCUUAAGGUAUCAUCCUACGCAAGUUAUGUAGUAGAGAAGUUUCAUUCAGAUCAUGCAGAAAAACCGUCAGCUCUGUAUGCUCUAUUCUUUGAUAAAUUUUUAUUGCUAUUAUGACUGUUUGAUUUAUAUAUGAUUUUUUUAGUGAAGGGAAUAUAAUCUCUGCCUUCAUUGAAAGAGUGCUU